AAACAUCCAAGAUGUCAGAAAAAGAGAGAAUUCAAGUUUUCCCUUCGCGAAUGGCGCAGACUAUCAUGAAGGCUCGUCUCAAAGGAGCCGAAAAAGGUCACAGUCUUCUCAAAAAGAAAGCAGAUGCGCUAACCUUGAGAUUCAGAGCAAUUCUCAAGAAGAUUAUCGAGACAAAAGUCCUAAUGGGCGAGGUUAUGAAGGAAGCAGCUUUCUCCGCAGCGCAAGCCAAGUUUGUUAUUGGUGACUUUAACCAUGUGGUGCUGCAAAAUGUCACCAAGGCACAGACAAAAGUUCGGUCAAGAAAAGACAAUGUAGCCGGUGUGCUGCUUCCUGUGUUUGAACAUUAUGUGGAUGGGUCCGACAGCUACGAAUUGGCUGGGUUGGCGCGUGGUGGACAGCAAGUGAGCAAGAUUAAGAAGAACUAUGCCAAAGCUGUUGAGCUGUUGGUUGAACUGGCUUCUCUUCAGACAUCAUUCGUUACCUUGGAUGAAGUCAUCAAGAUCACAAACAGACGAGUGAACGCGAUUGAAUACGUUAUCAUUCCACGUAUAACGCGAACAUUGGCUUACAUCAUAACCGAACUGGAUGAGAGAGAAAGAGAGGAAUUCUACAGGCUCAAGAAAAUACAGGGAAAGAAGAAGGUAAUAAGAGCUGAUGCAGAAAAGGUUAGGAUAGCACUGAAAGAAAAGGGAGUUGAUGUGGAUAAUCCAGCAAACAUCCUAGAAGCAACAAAUCAAGACCAGGAUCUACUUUUCUAGUUCUGCUUCAAGGUCUAGGAAGUAUUGGUAUGCUUGGUAACGUGAAAUUCCGACGUAAACUUGGUUACAGUGAAAAGUGCACAGCAUCUAAAGGGUCCUGCAUCCCGCAUUUGCCAUGGAAAGGGAAAUAUACUUGAUAUAAAAAUCUACUAUUGAGUAUUGAGUGUAAAUUCAGAUAAGCAAUAGAAGGCGUAGAUAUUUAUAUGCUGUGUAGCAGUGCACUGUAACGUUACUUUGGUUACGAAGGUAAAAUAGUAAUAUGAACUUGUAGCUAAAGUAGGAUUCCUUCUACUUCAAAAACUCAGUUGUGUACAAACUAAAACCAUUAAUAAGGAAAAAACAAUAUGCACUAAAUAUGAUUCAAAGUUGGUGACUAAUUGUUUUCUGAUCGACUUAUUGGUUUUGGUAUGUUGAAUUGCAUAACAACUUGUAUAAUUUAACAAUAUUUAUCACUUACAAUGUAUGUAUUCACUUGCCAUUCAAAGUUGAUGGAAGCUGAAGCUGAUCCAAUUUGAAAGCUAUUGUCGAGUAAAAUUCUACAAUUUUUAUAAUGAAAUGGAAAUAACUGCAUGUCAGUUAUCGUUAAACUUUAAUCAUUACAAAUGUAAAAACUAGGGAGUCGUGUAACAACACGUUAAUGCAAGUUCUAAAUAAUAGCAACUCUAAACAAGUUACAGGAAGUUGAGUUACAAGAGGUAAAGUAGAAAUGACUACUAUGUACUGAUUACUGUUGGUUUAAUGUAGAUUGGUGUAUUGGCUUAGUCAACCCAGUGAUCAUUCCUGGCAGCACAGUGAAUGUUGUCAGUCAUUAAAGUCAUAGUAAUAAUAUUAUCAGUUGUUUCUGCUGUAAGUAGAGUUACUGCCCUGAGCUGAUUACAACUCUAGGUCUGGCUUUAGUAUACGAUACUGAUCGAAACAAACAAUAAGCUUUCUAAUCAAGUUGUAUAAUUUGUUUAAAUUUUCGUUAUUUUUUUUAACUAUAUAUAUGUUAAUAUAAAGAACAAUAAUGUAAUGAAACAUGUUGGAACUAAUGUUAAUAAAUAUAUGUAUGUAUAUACAUGAGGGUAAACAACAUA